AGUUAAGCCAGUAUACUCUGACGCGUCGCCCCGACCGACCGCGAGACUCGCGAAUCGCGCGCUUACAAAACAGUAAAGAACAAUUUUCGCGUUCCCAAUCUCAAAGAAAAUAAUAUAAUCUACCAGUUUACUCUGAUAACCACUAUUUGUUAAAACAUUCAUUAAGAAAACUGUGAGACAUGAAAACAACGAGUUGCUUGAGAAAAUUGACAACGAGUAAAUUGAACAGGGUACAGAAGAAUAGAAAUAGUUCUGAUUGGCUUAAGUGAUGAACAAACGGGCGGUCGGUCACAAUGCUAGCCGACAAUGAUACCCACAGUGACAUCGGCGGCUCGAAUGGCUCAUAUAACUUCUUUUUCGAGGACCCAAGGUUUAUAUCGAUACUCAAGCACAGAGGGCCGAACCAUACAAACAAUAUCGGCGAUGUUAUUAAAGUUCUAGAAGACUGGAGAAGUAGAUACAAUAUUUCGGUUGUUAAGGAAUGUGAGAAGUCGGAAUAUUGCUCCGGGGAAUUCCGAGAUUUGAUUCUCGCUUACAAUAGUAUACAUGGAUACGUUAGUCUAUUGGUAUGUCUAUUCGGGAGCUUAGCAAACGCGCUGAACGUAGCAGUGCUAACCCGUCGAGACCUAGCAGUGACUCCUAUCAACCGUCUGCUGAAGUGGUUAGCAGUGGCUGAUGUCUUCGUAAUGCUGGAGUACGUGCCCUUCGCCAUCUACAGGUAUCUGCUGUUCCCGGACCAGGAAGAGCGGCCAUAUUCCUGGGCAGUAUACAUGUUGUUCCACAGUCACUUCACGCAGAUCCUGCACACAGCUUCUAUACUGCUCACGUUAUCGCUAGCAGUCUGGCGGUAUAUCGCUAUCAAGUAUCCAACGUACAGCCCAUCGCUGUGCACAGAUAGAAGAUGCACGAUAGCCAUACUGCUCAGCUUCGUGUUACCGCCUAUAUUGUGCAUACCUUCGUAUUUUGUAUUCACAAUACACAAAGAUUUCGCUUUCGACAAAAGUGGGCAUAUGCUGACAAAAGUCUACUUUGUUGACUCUGAUUACGACGGCAGUUUGUACCAGAUUAAUUUCUGGGUACAUGCAGUACUUAUAAAGUUGUUACCUUGUGUCAUUCUGACUGUCAUCAGUGCGUGGUUAGUAAGAGCGCUAUACAGAGCAAAUAGUAGGAAGAAAGCUCUGAAAGGCUACAGCGCUUGUCCCGCGAACACGGUUGUCAAUGGCAACGGGAAUGUGUUCACGAGAAAAUCUACGAAGCGCUCGAAAGCGGAGCGGAGGACUGAUCGGACUACGAAGAUGUUGGUCGCUGUGCUGUUGCUGUUCCUGUUGACGGAGUUUCCUCAGGGGAUUUUAGGUCUUCUAAGUGGAGUCCUUGGAAGGUGUUUCUUCAAGCAGUGCUACGAUCUCUUCGGCGAGCUGAUGGAUGCACUGGCACUCUUAAACGGGGCUAUCAACUUUGUCCUAUACUGUUCCAUGUCUCGACAGUUCAGGACAACCUUUGGGCAGAUGAUACGGAAUAGGUGUGCUACCGCGCAAAGAGCGAACUCGCAUACCGAACUACAGACUACGUAUGUGUAGAUGUGUGUGUGCAAAGAAGUGAUGAAGUGUUUAUAUGUGCAAAAAGACAAGCUUUAGACUUAGCAGUGUUGAUGUAAGUGAAAUCUUAAAAAAUG